GGGGGAAGUUGGCUGAAUAAAGCAGUUUAAAAUUCACUACCAUUGCUAACAGCGUUAUAGUUGCUGGGACAAGCUUAAAUAACUAAAUGUUGUUGUUUUUAUUGUCGUUAUAUACGUCACAACUGUUGCGCUGCAGGGAACUUAGUAAACCAGCUAAGCUACCGUUGCUAGGCAGUUACCGGAAGUUAGCCUUUCAUCAUAACAAUUAGACGGUUAGGUCCAUUUGGCACCUUCAGUUGACGUCAGAUUUAAUACAAAGCUUGGCUUUCUUUCUUUACUCUAGCUUUACUCUAAAUACUUACAUUUGAUAUUUAAAAAAAAUGUUUGUAAUUAUCAUAUAAGGCUAUAGUAUUAUCAAUUAUUUUGAAAGUGUAACCGGAAACUGUGUUAUUGUUGUUCCUCUCGGACGUUCAGACGUUUACGUUUUUACGUCGACGUAACGGAUCUAUGACAAACGCGAGCCGUGAGGCAGUGGUCCCCGAAACAUGCCUCUUAUCCCCCGGGUUGACAUGCCGACUGUGACCGGGGAUGGGAAUCUCUCCGCCGCCUGAAUCUGCGAGUUACUUCACUGCGGCGAGUCAACCGGAGCGCUGAAACAAACAAAGAAAACCGGGGCUCUUUUAUUUAUUCAAGAGAAGAUGGCGGAGUUUUCGCCCGUCCUGCCGAUGCGGGAUGGAGGGGGACGAUUUGGUCAACCCAUCUUCCCUCGGUCCAGGUCCGGUUCCGAGUCAGAGAGCGAACUGUCCCAGAGCUUGGCCCGGACCAAGAUCCGUUCAUACGGAAGCACCGCUAGCGUCACGGCCUCACUGGGGGAGAAAUACAUAGAGCAUCGGGUUACAGACAGUGAUACCCUGCAAGGGAUUGCUCUCAAAUACGGUGUUACGAUGGAGCAAAUCAAAAGAGCCAAUAAGCUGUUCAGCAAUGACUGCAUUUUUCUGAGGAACAGCCUCAACAUCCCCGUGGUGUCGGAGAAGCGCUACAUAUUUAAUGGACUGUCUCUAGAGUCUCCUGAUGGGGACGGCGAGGUAGCAUGCCAGGAGGCAGACACACCCUGCAUUGUGACUCAGGAUGUCGAGGGACCCACGCCUCCCCCUUCCCCGCCCCCCGCGGACUCCAAACCCCCCCAGCCUCAGCCGGAGGAGCUAUCAGCCAAAGACUUCUUACAAAGAUUGGACUUGCAAAUUAAACAGUCAAAGCAGGCGGCGCGCAGGCUGAAAGAAGAGGAAGAAAGGGGCAAUGAGGAGGACAACACGGCCCCCGCGUCAGGAGACGUAAACCAGGAGAAGUAAAGGACCAGUCUGUUUACCUGAAACCCUGUCUCAAACACACACGGUUACACACACAGACACUACCUAAAACUCAUCGCUUUUUUUGUUUCCUCUUUACCUUUUUUGCUUUUACCAAACCAUGUCGAACAAAAGUGUCAUGUUUGCCUUUUAUUUAUUGAUAUGCAAUUAUGAUGAUGUGUACGUUUAUUGUUUUGUACAGUUUUACCAGGAGAAUAAAACAGCGCAGGGGAGCAUCUGAUAUAAAUAGCAUCGGAGCAGACGUGCCCGUCCACCCAUCAUAUGCUUCUAUAGCUGCUGUACAGAACCCACCUGCUGCAUAUGUCUACAUACACACACACACACACACACACUUGCAUACACUCGCUAAGCAAUUUCAGAAGGAUUAGCUUGUUAGACUUGCUAACUGCUUCUGAUAUUCUAAAUCCCCUCCUAGAAUAGUCUCAUUGGAAAGUAUAUUCAGGCCUUCCUCAUCAGUGUUUACCUUGUACGAGCACACCACGAACCGAAAGUGGUGGACGGACUCAAGCCUUUGAAUACGUUCCAUAUGCCUCACGGAAGAAGUUUGUUUUGUUUUUUUGUUUCUUUUCUCUGGGAAUAGAAGGGACUGCUCUAUUUUUGAGGUGUGAAUGCAUUAUUUAUGUGUGUGGAGAAGUGUCUAUUACAGCUGUUUUAUUGUGCUUUAAAUUCUAUUGGUUUCAUUUGGGAAUAUGAGAAUAAAUAUGUAUUUAAACCAGA